AUGCAGGUUGUAGAAAAGACGCGGUUUUGGUUGUUUACUAUAUCUCAAAUAGCUUUGCUGACUGUCAUUCUGCAGUAUCUCAAUUCACCUUUGCCGUUUUGCUAUAGACUGAUUGGUGAGUCAGAACGCAUAUGUAUUACUGCAAACAGUUCAACAUGUCAUAUAUGGGUAGAAGGUCAAGUUCGAUUUAUACCUCAAGGCCUAGUCUACAGGUCCCCAGACCGUAUAUGUACGUCGCAAAUGAUAUGGUUGAUGAAGGCAUUAGUGUACACUAGCUUCACCAUGAUAUUGUGGCAGAUAGUUUCCAGAAAACAAAACGGAGGCGUUACACCCAAUGGAGUUGCUUUUAGCUAUUUCACUCUCAUAGCCACAAUAUCAAUAUUUCUUCUCAAUUCUUAUAUGAAAUGUGACUGGAGGCAAUAUUGGAAGGAAGCUGCUGCAAUGAGCAAUUUUUCAAAUUCCAUACGUCACGAGCCGAUUCUCUACCUUAUAGUAUCUCUAUUUGUUAUACAAUCGCUAAGCUUUCUCGACAAUUUCCAACAACUCUAUGGAAAAACUUGGAGUCAUUGGUGA